AUUUCCUCAAAAAAAAAAAAAAAAAAAAAAAAAAAAAAAAAACUAAAAAUAAAAUUAACCAUUAAUAAAAGCAAAAGCUCAAGAUCGAUGGGGAGACUUUCCAGCACAAGGAGUCCCUCUCUUGUUACUGUUUAGGAUAGAGAGGGACAGGGCAAGCGAGCUUUAAUGGCGAUCUCUGGCAACGGGAAAUUGACCGAACUCGGAUAAGCUCAAUGCCUUUGCGGUCUGGACAGUGAUUGACUUCUGGAAACCUACUUGGUGGUAGAAGGGUUGAUGCUCUUCGUUCGAGCUGUUUUGAAUCCAGUGGUCGGAGAUGAAGCCUUCUCCCGCUGGUUCUGGACAGCAAGAUGAAGAAGGGGGAGAGAAAAGAUGCUUGAACUCGGAACUAUGGCACGCUUGUGCUGGGCCACUGGUUUGCUUGCCGACUGUGGGGACUCGCGUUAUUUACUUUCCUCAGGGGCACAGCGAGCAGGUUGCAGCGUCUACUAACAAAGAGGUGGAGGGCCACAUCCCCAAUUACCCCAGCUUGCCACCGCAGCUAAUGUGCCAGCUCCACAAUGUCACAAUGCAUGCAGAUCCAGAGACAGAUGACGUUUAUGCCCAGAUGACUCUGCAACCUCUGAGUCCGGAGGAACAGAAGAAUAGUUAUGUCCCCAUUGAAAUGGGAGUUGCGAGCAAGCAGCCAAUGAAUUAUUUUUGUAAAACUCUGACUGCCAGUGAUACUAGUACACAUGGAGGGUUUUCGGUUCCUCGCAGGGCAGCUGAGAAGGUGUUUCCUCCUCUUGAUUUCUCACAGCAGCCACCAGCGCAGGAACUCAUUGCUAGGGAUCUCCAUGAUGUUGAGUGGAAAUUCAGGCAUAUCUUCAGAGGUCAACCCAAAAGGCAUCUCUUAACUACUGGCUGGAGUGUGUUUGUCAGUGCCAAGAGACUUGUUGCUGGGGAUUCUGUUCUUUUUAUAUGGAAUGAGAAGAAUCAGCUUCUGUUAGGCAUCCAACGUGCAAAUCGUCCACAAACUGUUAUGCCUUCGUCAGUUUUAUCAAGUGAUAGCAUGCACAUAGGACUUCUUGCUGCAGCAGCUCAUGCUGCUGCUACUAACAGCCGUUUUACUAUUUUUUAUAAUCCAAGGGCAUGCCCAUCUGAAUUUGUUAUCCCGUUAUCCAAAUAUGUUAAAGCUGUAUUUCAUACUCGUGUAUCAAUUGGCAUGCGCUUUAGAAUGCUUUUUGAGACUGAGGAGUCAAGUGUAAGAAGGUACAUGGGGACAAUAACUGGCACCAGUGAUUUGGAUCCUCUUCGUUGGCCUAAUUCUCAUUGGAGAUCGGUCAAGGUCGGUUGGGAUGAAUCUACAGCUGGUGAGAGACAGCCUAGAGUUUCUCUGUGGGAGAUUGAGCCCUUGACAACAUUUCCCAUGUAUCCGUCGGUGUUUCCUCUCAGACUUAAACGGCCUUGGCAACCUGGGUUACCAUUUCCUCAGGUUUUUGACAACAGAGGAGACGAGAGUGCUGCUCUAAUGUGGUUCGGGGAAGUUGCAAGAGAACAAGGUCUUCCUUUGAUGAACUUUCAGUCUGGCAUGGGUCCAUGGAUUCAAAGGGUUGAACCGACAAUGGUUGGAAAUGAGCUUGACCUGUACCAAUCUGUGUCUGCUGCAGCUCUUCAGGAUAGAAGUGGGGAUCUUAAAAAACAACAGUUACUGCAGUACCAGCAACCUUUCCAAUUUCACUUCCAGCCUUGCAAGUCUACUUCAUUAUUGGAGCAACAAUUUAUCCAACAAACGCUGCCACAGAAAAUCUUUAGCCCUCAGUUGCAUGUUUCAGAAAACCAGAAUGAUAUGCUCCUGCAGUUACACAAUGAGCAGCAGAAGCAACAGCCACAGGCAUUUGAGCAGGUUUUCCAAAAUCCCACGGAAGAUAUGCCACAUCAACAAACACCUUUGGUUUCUCAGCUGCAACAAACUUUAGGUUUUCCAGACCUAAGCACAGAUUACUUAACUGUUACAACACCUAGCUGUUUACAGAGUUUGAUAAGCUCUAGUUGCUCUGAAGGCAGUGCUAAUGUUAUUAACCCCUCUAGACUUAGGGCACCCAUGACUCAACAUAACCAGCAAAUAUGGGAACCUAAGAUUGGAAUAUAUGAAGCCACGCUGGUGAACUCAGCUUUUUCAUCAUACCCUGAUAAGGGUAGGUCAUUGGAAACUGAAAAAUGUAGUGCUGGUUCCCACAAUGAUACGGCAUUUGGUGUAUCCAUUGAUUCCCACAAUCUUCACCCCAAUGCAGCUCUUAAUUUGACCACGAGUUCUUUUGUUUCUGAUUUACCUGCUGAGCCAUAUUUGGCUUCAUGUUUUCAGAAUUCCUUGUAUGGGAUACCUGAUAAAACAUCCAGCUUGCUUCAAAAUUCAGGAGAGGUUGAUCCUCCAAGCAAAACGUUUGUUAAGGUUUACAAGGCAGGUUCUGUUGGAAGAUCACUGGACAUCUCUCGGUUCAGCAGCUACAACGAGCUGCGCGAAGAGUUGGCACAGAUGUUUGGUGUAGAGGGUAAAAUAGAAGACCCUCUUAGAUCAGGCUGGCAGCUUGUAUUUGUCGACAGGGAGAAUGAUGUGCUUCUUCUUGGAGACGGACCUUGGGAGGCAUUUGUGAACAGCGUAUGGUAUAUUAAAAUACUUUCACCUGAAGAUGUUCAAAGAAUGGGAUAGCUGAUAAUCGUUUUUGCCCACUCCUCUCAAUAAUGGACUGCAAAUGAUGUUGAGCAUAUGUUUUGUUAAGGGGAUUCCAACUGAACCAACUUGGAUGUUUAGGUAAGAGAUGUGAAUAAGGCUUGCACUUAGCUGUUAGCAUCUGUUCUGAUUGUUGUAACGCAGCAUAAGGCUGUAGUAGCUCUUUCCCUGCUUAUCUUGAAGACUUUAUUAGUCAAAUCCAGUAUAUUUUAUUUAUGUGGCUUGUGCUUUGGUCUAUAGACCGAUGACUUCUUUGCUCCUCGUGUUUGAACUGUUUGUAUCUGGACUUAGUAAUUUUCAUCUACUGCUCUUGUUUUCGGGACUCAAAUCUCAGUUUAGUCUUGAAUUUCUUCUAAA